CUAUUUUGUGACGGAAGCAUAAAAGCUUUCUUUCAUGAGCAAUUUCAAAAGGCCCAUUAAAAACUGGAAAAGGGUAUCUAAUGGGCUCAUCCAAAACCCAAACUAUAGUUUCUCACAUUAGCUUAAUGGGCUUAAUCUAGUAAGGCCCAUUUUCUGCAAAAGGGGUUUUGUAGCUCUGAGCUUAAACCCUAAAUUCUCUGCAGUCUGAAACCCCAUCUUCUUCAAUGUCAGUAUCAUCUAUCUGUAACAGUGGAACCCUAAAGCCAUGUUGCUCCUCCGCAAAUUACCCCGCAAGCUCCUCAAUUCUCAACGUAAGGUCACCAUCCCGAUCCGUUUCUUCACCACCCAAAACCCGAUACCGCACCCGGAUCCAAACCCAAACCCAUUUCCCGACGAGCCCACUUCCGCCUACUACGACGAGCUCGUUAACACCGCGGGUCGUUCCAGGGACUUCGAAACCCUCCGCCACCUCCUCAACAAGCGCGUGAAAGACGGCUGCUUCCCCACCUCCAAAACCUUCAGUUUCAUCACCAGCGCCGAGUCUUCUCUCUCCCUCGACGUCCUUUCCCACACCCUGUCUCGGCUUGACAAGGGCUUCACGCGUAAGAGCGCGUACGACUCCCUCAUCUCUCGCCUCUGCAAGCUGUAUCGAAUCGACGAGUGUCUACGGUUGGUGGAAACCAUGGCGCGUGGGGGUUACGGCUUGAAUUCCUGCAGCUUCCACUCAAUUCUCAACUCGCUCACGAGGAAGAGAAGGAUGGACGAGGCGUGGCGCUUGUUGGAUAUAAUGAAGACGACCGGUGUGUCGCCGGAUCUGACGGUUUAUAAUUACUUCUUGAUGACGUACUGUUUCAUAGGAGAUCUGGCUAUGGCGGCCCGAAUACUGACGAGAAUGGAAGAGGAGGAGAUGAGAGCGGACACGCGUACGUACGACGCGCUUGUUCUCGGCGCGUGUAGGGUUGGGAACGUUGAGGGUGCUCUGGUGCUUCUGCGGAGGAUGGAGGAUGAUGGAUUGCCCAUGCUGCUUUCGACACGUAAUUAUGUGAUUGAUGCGAUGUUGAGCGUUGGAUAUUAUGAGCAGGCGAUGAAGUUUGUUAGGAUUUACAGUGGGAAGGACACGUGGCUGGAUAGGGAGAGUUAUGGGUGUUUGGUUAACCGUUUGAUUAAGUUUCAGAGAUCGGAGGAGGCAAUGAAGGUUCUUGAUGAAAUGCAGAGAAUGGGUUUGAGUAUGGGUGAUAAACUUAAACAAUUUUACGAAACCAAUCUUGAUAAACAAACUUCAUUUUGAGGAUGUAGUCGAGGAUAUCUUUUUAAAAUCAUAUAUUGUAAAAUUUUAUAAGUUCUUUUUUCCAAAAAAAAAAAAAAAAUUUGAUGGUAGAUUAUCUGCAUUUGAAAUCUAAUUGAUUCAAAACAAUGAUGUUAUAUUUGGAAAAUAAAAAUGGUAUUCAAAUUAAUUUUAUGGAAUUAAAUGGAUAAAUAGUUUUUUCUCUACUUUAUAAUAAAAGGGAAAAUAUAUU